AUGCAGGUCAUCUCGCCCGAGCCUCUGCCCGAGUGCGUCACUCCCUCUCCGCCACCGCGGCCACUGCCAACCGGAGCCACCGACCCGGCCGCCACCACGCACGCCAUCACGAUGCGAGGAGCGCUCUAUUCGUGGGCCAUCCUGGCCGGCAUAAAGACCGUGGAGAACCGUCCCUUCCGCCUCUCUCCCGGUUGGUAUGGGCUCCACACCGGCCUCGGAUCUCUCAACGCCGAGACGCGGAAAAGGCUGGAGGCCCGCCUGGCGCGGCUCCCUCCCGCGGCCGAUCUGCCGCCGGCCGGCGCCAUCGCCGGCCUCAUCCGCGUCGACGGCGUGGCCAGCGCUGAGGGGUGCGCCGGGACGGCCGCCGAGCCGUGGGCGACGGGCCCGGUGCGGCAUGGCGCGCGGAGGCGGCUAGACUGGCCGGAGGCAGGCGAGGCGAUGAGCGCCGACCUGCGCCUCUUUUGCUUCGAGGCGCAGCACGAGUUUUUGUCUCUGCCCGAGGAGGCGCAGCUGCUGGCCUGGUGCGACAGCCUCGACGAGUGGGAGCCUCGGGUCGGGUCGGUGGACGGCGGCGUGCGCCGCUGCUUCGGAGUCACUCUUGGAGAGAGCUACAAGCCGCCCUUUGGGCAGUGCUACGUCCAGCGGUACAUCGGAGGCCAGUCCCUUGGCGCCGCCGCCCCCUCUCCUCGCGACACGCACCCGCCGUCGGGCCCUCACCGCGAGCGCAUGGCGUCAGGCUUCCACUUCGACCACCGGCGCGAGUACGACGAGAUGAUCGCAGGCGUCUCCGUCGGCGCCCCCGCCACCCUGCUGCUCGGCGCGACGAGCGGCGCGGGAGGCGUGCGCGAGGGCGCGGCCCGGGCGCCCAACGUGCAGCGCGUGCACUUGCCGCCGCGCUCGCUCUACGUCAUGGGCGGGAUGGCGAGGUACGAUUUGAGGCACGCCGUCGAGGCGCACCCCGCUGCGGCGCCGCACCGCUACUCGUUCACCUUCCGCUCCCUCGGCUGCCGCCGGGGGGCGUGCUAG